GUUGAGCUAAUUACCUUAAAUUGUGAAAUCUUACCACAAACUGAGAGAGAAAAAGAGAUGGAGAUUUGGGUGCUACCUGUGGCAACAUUAGCUCUGUUUUUGCUCUUGAAAUUAAUGUUUUGUUGGUGGAUUUCACCUAUCCAAACACAUCAUAAGCUGAAAAGAUGUGGGUUUGGAGGGCCACCCCCAAGUUUUCCACUUGGAAACAUUCAAGAGAUGAAAAAUAAGAAUAGCUUUAAAUCUUCAGUACUCGAGUCCUCCAAACUCACCCAUGAUAUUCACUCCAUUGCGUUCCCCUAUUUCUCUCGGUGGCAAAAUUCUCACGGGAAGGUCUUUGUGUACUGGCUGGGCACAGAACCAUUUUUGUACAUUGCAGACCCUGAAUUCUUGAAGAAAUUGAACACAAAGGUUUUGGCCAAGACAUGGGGAAAACCUAGUGUGUUCAGAAAUGACAGAUUCCCCGUGUUUGGAAAUGGUUUGGUUAUGGCUGAAGGCAACGAAUGGGUUCAUCACCGCCAUGUUAUAGCCCCAGCAUUUUCCCCUAUUAACUUGAAGGUAAUGGCAAGCAAAAUGGUGGAGUCCACAAAUAAAAUGAUAGAUAGAUGGAUUGCCCAAAUUAACACCGGCAACCCUGAAAUUGAUGUGGAGAGGGAGAUUAUAGCAACAGCAGGAGAGAUCAUAGCAAGGACAAGCUUUGGCAUGAAGGACGAAAAUGCAAUUAAAGUGUCUGAAAAUUUCCGUGCCCUGCAAAUGACACUUUUCAAGACAACAAGAUAUGUAGGGGUUCCCUUUGGCAAGUGUUUCGACAUGAGGAAAACUUUAGAGGCCAAGAAACUCGGGAAGGAGAUCGAUCGGCUCUUGAUGUGCGUCGUAACGGCUCGAAAGAAAUUAUCGGUUGAGGGUCGAGAUCGAGAAGACUUAUUGGAAUUAUUGUUGCAAGAAAAUCAUCGAGCUGAGAAGAAGUUAGGGAAGACAUUGAGCACGCGGCAAUUGGUUGAUGAGUGCAAGACCUUCUUCUUUGCGGGUAAUGAGACCACAGCAUUGGCUAUCUCGUGGACUUUGUUUCUUCUAGCUGUGCAUGAAGAUUGGCAAAUCCAGUUACGAGAGGAGAUAAAAGAAGUGGUAGGUGAUAAAGAAAUUGACAUUAACGUGCUUGCUGGACUUAAAAAGAUGAAAUUGGUGAUGAAUGAAGUUAUGAGGCUCUAUCCAUCAGCACCGAAUGUGCAAAGGCAAGCUAGAGAAGACAUCCAUGUUGAUAAUUUAACAGUUCCUAAUGGAACAAAUCUGUGGAUCGACGUUGUCGCGAUGCACCAUGACCCGAAACUGUGGGGAGAAGAUGUGAAUGAGUUUAGACCUGAGAGGUUCAUGGAUGAUGUCAAUGGUGGAUGCAAGCACAAGAUGGGGUACUUGCCUUUUGGGUUUGGAGGGAGGAUGUGUAUUGGUAGGAACUUGAGCUUGAUGGAGUAUAAGAUAGUGUUAACUCUUCUCCUCUCUAGAUUUAGCUUCAAACUUUCCUCUAGUUAUGUCCAUUCACCUUCUAUCAUGCUCUCCCUUAGGCCCACUUGUGGUCUCCCUCUAAUAGUUCAACCACUUUAAAACCGUUAGCCCGUUGACCAUAAAAUAAAACCGUUAGUGCAUUCUAUUUUGUGUUCUUAGUGCAUAGUGGAAAUUCACUGUUAAGCCAAAAUCGGAGUAGUCAAAAGCAACUUCUCAUUGAAUUUGCAUCCACCAUAAUUAUUUUAGUCUCAUUAUACAAAUAUUCACUUUAGUGUAUUUGAUGUUUGGUUUUGAAAAUAAUAGAUGUGGUAUUCUAAAGUUGUAUUUAUUUAUAAUAUCAAU